GUCAGCUUAGGUGUGCUUGUGAGCAGGGAAUGAUGGAGAGUAACAUCCACCUGAGUGGUCUGCUCAGUCGGCAUGAUGAUGAAGCCACAAGAACAUCCACCUCAGAAGGGCUGGAGGAAGGUGAGGUGGAGGGAGAAACUCUCCUAAUUGUUGAAUCAGAGGAUCAGGCGUCAGUGGACUUAUCUCACGACCAGAGUGGGGACUCGCUUAACAGCGAUGAAGGAGAUGUAUCAUGGAUGGAGGAGCAGCUGUCUUACUUCUGUGACAAGUGCCAGAAGUGGAUCCCAGCCAGUCAGCUGAGGGAACAGCUCAGUUACCUUAAGGGCGAUAACUUUUUCAGGUUUACUUGUUCCGAUUGCUCAGCAGAUGGCAAGGAGCAGUACGAGCGGCUGAAGCUGACGUGGCAGCAAGUGGUCAUGUUGGCAAUGUACAACUUGUCUCUGGAAGGAAGUGGACGUCAAGGUUAUUUCCGGUGGAAAGAAGAUAUCUGUGCUUUUAUCGAGAAACAUUGGACUUUUUUAUUAGGAAACAGGAAGAAGACUUCAACCUGGUGGAGCACGGUAGCAGGUUGCCUCAGUGUGGGAAGUCCUGUGUACUUCCGUUCAGGCGCUCAGGAAUUUGGAGAGCCUGGAUGGUGGAAACUUGUUCAUAACAGGCCCCCAACAAUGAGACCGGAGGGAGAGAAGCUGUCUGCCUCCACUUUGAAAGUGAAAGCCUCAAAACCAACGCUGGAUCCCAUCAUCACUGUGGAGGGACUCAGGAAACGGGCAAGCCGGAACCCUGUGGAAUCUGCCAUGGAAUUGAAAGAGAAGCGUUCCCGAACACAGGAAGCAAAAGACAUCAGAAGAGCACAGAAGGAAGCGGCUGGCCUCCUUGACAGGAGCACCUCUUCUACCCCUGUCAAGUUCAUAAGCCGAGCCCGGAGGCCAGAUAUGGUUCUGGAGAAAGGGGAAGUAAUUGACUUUUCAUCCCUUAGCUCCUCAGACCGAACCCCGCUCACAAGCCCAUCUCCUUCCCCCUCUCUGGAUUUCUCUGCCCCGGGCACACCAGCCUCGCAUUCAGCCACGCCUAGCUUGCUUUCUGAAGCAGACCUCAUCCCAGAUGUGAUGCCACCCCAAGCCUUGUUUCAUGAUGAUGAUGAGCUGGAAGGAGACGGAGUUAUAGACCCAGGGAUGGAGUACAUCCCACCCCCAGCUGGGUCAGCAGCUUCUGGGCUGGUUGGGAGCAGGAAGAAGGUCAGAGCUCCCGAACAGAUAAAACAGGAGGAGGACAGUGAUGAGGAGAAGCCAGACAGGAUGGAUGGAGAUAGCGAAGACACAGAUUCAAACACUUCUUUGCACACUAGGGCUAGAGAAAAGAGGAAGCCACCCCUGGAGAAGGAUGUGAAGCCCAAGGGGCCCAGGUAUGCUCCUGUGAGCAUCUAUGAGGAGAAGCUGCUGCUUAAGAGGCUGGAAGCGUGCCCCAGUGCUGUGGCCAUGACUCCGGAAGCCCGGAGGCUAAAGCGGAAACUGAUCAUCAGGCAAGCUAAGAGGGAUAGGGGUUUACCACUUUUUGACUUGGAUGAGGUUGUGAACGCUGCACUUCUGUUAGUCGAUGGGAUUUAUGGAGCCAAAGACGGAGGAGCUUCCCGGCUUCCGGCUGGACAAGCUACAUACCGGACCACCUGCCAGGACUUCAGGAUCCUUGACCGGUACCAGACUGCCUUGCCAACCAGGAAAGGAUUCCGGCACCAGACCACCAGGUUUUUGUAUCGUUUGGUGGGAUCAGAAGAUCUGGCUGUGGACCAAAGUAUCGUCAGCCCUUAUACUUCUCGGAUCUUAAAGCCUUAUAUCAGGCGUGAUUAUGAGACAAAGCCACCCAAACUACAGCUCCUGUCACAGAUUCGUUCCCACCUGCACAGGAGUGACCCUCACUGGACACCUGAGCCUGAUGCACCUCUUGAUUACUGCUAUGUCCGACCAAAUCACAUCCCAACGAUCAACUCCAUGUGUCAGGAGUUUUUCUGGCCUGGCAUUGACCUGUCUGAGUGUCUGCAGUAUCCAGACUUCAGUGUUGUAGUCCUUUAUAAAAAAGUCAUUGUUGCCUUUGGCUUCAUGGUUCCGGACGUGAAGUACAACGAAGCUUACAUUUCAUUUCUCCUUGUCCAUCCUGAAUGGAGAAGAGCGGGGAUUGCCACAUUCAUGAUCUAUCAUCUGAUCCAGACGUGCAUGGGCAAGGAUGUGACUCUUCACGUCUCAGCAAGCAACCCUGCCAUGCUGCUGUAUCAGAAGUUUGGCUUCAAGACUGAGGAGUAUGUUCUGGAUUUUUAUGAUAAGUACUACCCACUGGAGAGUACAGAGUGUAAACAUGCCUUCUUCCUGAGGCUCCGACGCUGAGGGGAACCUGUUCUUCCCAGAGAACAGUGGGUGCUGUCAGAGAACAGGCCCUCGGGGCUGUGCAGGCAGUUAUCCGAAGUGGGCCCAGCUGGGUGAGUGAAGCCAUGUGCAGCGGUACGAGUGGGCAGCUCUUCCAUCCAGAGACCCUCCAGCCCUUCCUGGAGUGGCUGGCCAGCAGCACCCUGGACCCCACUGUUAACCAAACCAAGGGACUCUGCCAUCCACUUCCCACACAGUAAUGAGUGAGCACAAGAGAGCUGCUAAACCAAUGCAUUUGAGAAAGGGUCUGUUUGUCCUGUGUUGCAGCUCAAGAAAUGUGAAAGGUGUUAAAAGUUCGCAGAGCCCACAUGGCCUUCUGCUGUCCUGGGAUAAGAGAUUAUAAGGUGUCAGGAAUGAUUCUGACCCUGUUCCUAGCCUUCAGUGUGCUGUCAUUGAAUCCCAGAGAACUCAUGGGGAACUGAAGUCCUGUUGUCUCUUGCUGACUUAGGUCUCAGUCAGGAAGAAUAAAUUCAAUGUCUGUCUCCAUGCUGCUUUACCUGAUCUACCUGUUAUCAUCUCCUUAUUGGGACACUGACCUGGUAUAAGGAAUUCACUCAUGGCGUGUCUUGGGAAAAUAGCUUGAGAGGAACAGCCAAGCUUGAUGCAUUAGAUGCCUUCUCUGGUCCUUCUCAUGCCCAAAACAGUUGCACCACAGGAGUGGAGGUGUGGAGUGGUGCAGGCAGAAGUGGAUGCCCUGUCAACAGGAUGAAGCUGCUUCCUAUGUUGCAAAUGCUGGAGAUGACUGCAGGUGUCUUUGGACCCUGUAAGUGCAUUUCCAACAGCAUCAGAUAUUCUCAAAUAAAAACCUACCAUGUAACAACUCACA